AUGGCGGGUGGAGCUAACGGGUUUUGUGCAGGCGGCAGCCCGGAGAACGCGGAGGAGCGCUUGGUGAACGAGAUCCUGGGUCCGGAUCGCUACAACAAACUGAUCCGGCCCGCCGUCAACAAGAGCCAGAAACUCACCGUCAGCCUCCAGGUCUCUCUGUCCCAGCUCAUCAGCAUCGUGAGUACAGAACAUCUAUACCUCCAUCUAUCUCUCCAUCCAUCUAUACCUCCAUCUAUCCAUCUAUACCUCCAUCCAUCCCUCUAUCCAUCCAUCCAUAUAUACCUCCAUCCACACCUCCAUCUAUCCAUCUAUACCUCCAUCUAUCACUCCAUCCAUCUAUACCUCCAUCUAUACCUCCAUCUAUACCUCCAUCCACACCUCCAUCUAUCCUUCCACCCGUCAUCCACCCAUCCAUCCAUCCACACCUCCAUCUAUACCUCCAUCUAUACCUCCACCCAUCCCUCUAUCCCUCCAUCCACACCUCCACCCAUCCAUCAUCCUCCCAUCAUCCCUCCAUCUAUACCUCCAUCCACACCUCCAUCUAUCCCCCCAUCCACACCUCCAUCUAUCCCCCCAUCCACACCUCCAUCUAUCUCUCCAUCCACACCUCCAUCCACACCUCCAUCUAACGAGCGAGAGCAGAUAAUGACCACCAACGUGUGGCUGUCCCAGGAGUGGAACGACUACCGGCUGAGAUGGGACCCGGACAAAUACGAAGGCAUCAAGAAACUACGGAUCCCAUCCAAACUCAUCUGGCUUCCAGACAUAGUGCUCUACAACAAGUGA